UUAAAGGAGAAGAAGUAGCCUGUUAGCAAAUAAACUGUCAGUAGCCGAGCGACAACAAAGGGUCUGUUGCUGCACACUGCUGGCAGUGGUGCUGAAAGUGUGGGCUUUUAGUCGAAGUGAGCAGAUUAUAUUAAAUAGGCUGACAUGACGGGGAUGGCCUCACCAGAGAAAGCGGCAAACUCCAAGAAGAAGAGCGAGAGGAAGUGUGCCACCAAAGAGGAAUACAGGCAGCUGUCCAGCAUCAUGGGUGCCAUGAACAACCUGAGGAAACAGGGUACACUCUGUGAUGUGACCCUGGUGGUGCAGGGGAAACACUUCUCUGCCCACAGAGUAGUGCUGGCUGCUGCCAGCCACUUCUUCAGCCUGAUGUUCACCACAAGAAUGAUGGAGUCGAUGUCCCAUGAGGUGGAGCUCAGGAGCGCUGAACCCGAGAUCAUUGAGCUAUUGAUUGAAUUCAUUUACACAGCACGAAUCUCUGUGAACAGCAGCAAUGUCCAGUCAUUGCUGGAUGCGGCCAACCAGUACCAGAUUGAGCCUGUGAAGAAGAUGUGCGUGGAGUUCCUUAAAGGACAGAUUGAUGCAACUAACUGCCUGGGUAUUUCAUCCCUUGCAGACUGUAUGGACUGUCCAGAGCUGAAGGCAGCAGCAGAGGAUUUCUUCCAGCUCCACUUCACUGAAGUCUACAAGUUAGACGAAUUCCUGCAGCUGAACGUUAAACAGCUCACACACCUACUGCACCAGGACAAACUGACUGUUCGUGCCGAGGCCCAGAUUUAUGACGCUGCAGUGCGCUGGCUGAAGUACGACGUGUGUAACAGACAACAGUAUAUGGUGGAGGUGUUGGGCUGCGUUCGCUUUCCUCUGGUCUCCAAAACCUUCCUCUCCAAGACAGUGCAGGCUGAGCCGCUCAUCCAGGACAAUCCACAAUGCCUCAAAAUGGUCAUCAGUGGAAUGCGUUACCACCUGCUGUCCCUGGAGGACCGGGAGGACCUGGGAGAGAGCAGCCGACCGCGACGUAAGAAGCACGACUACCGCAUCGCUCUGUUUGGUGGUUCGCAGCCUCAGUCCUGCCGCUACUUCAACCCCAAGGACUCCAGCUGGACAGACAUUCGUUGUCCCUUCGAGAAGCGCCGGGACGCCACAGCCGUCUUCUGGGACAACGUGGUCUACAUCUUGGGUGGCUCACAGCUCUUCCCCAUCAAGCGCAUGGAUUGCUACAACGUACUGAAGGACAGCUGGUACUCCAAGCUGGGCCCGCCCACCCCUCGGGACAGCUUGGCCGCCUGCGCCGCUCAGGGCAAGAUCUACACAUCGGGGGGGUCGGAAGUGGGAAGCUCAGCUCUGAACCUUUUCGAAUGCUAUGACACCAGGACGGAGUCGUGGCAGAUCAAAACCAGCAUGCUGAUGGCCCGCUGCAGCCACGGCUCGGUGGAGGCCAACGGGCUCAUUUAUGUCUGCGGGGGAACGGUGGGAAACAACGUCUCUGGCAGGAUCCUCAACAACUGCGAGGUCUACGAUCCCAGCACGCAACAAUGGAGGGAGCUGUGUGGGAUGAGAGAGGCCAGGAAGAACCAUGGGCUGGUGGUUGUCAACAACAGGAUCUACGCUGUUGGAGGCCAGGGUGCAUUGGGUGGGCUGGACUCAGUGGAAUACUACGACAUUGCCAGUAACGAGUGGCGUGCUGCCUCAGCGAUGCCGUGGCGGGGUAUAACGGUGAAGUGCGCGGCGGUCGGCGCCGUCAUCUACGUGCUCGCAGGCUUUCAAGGGGUGGGGCGGCUCGGACACGCCCUGGAGUACCACACGGAAACGGACAGGUGGGUGACUUGCAGCAAGGUGCGGGCGUUCCCCGUCACCAGCUGCCUGAUCUGCGUGGUCGACACAUGCGGCGUCAACGAAGACGAAGACACCGACCUCAUAGACUCCCAGCCACACCCCGCUUCAGCCGCCCCUCCGACCGCCUCAACCUCAUCACCGUCCUCAUAGGGCAAGAGUUGUAAGUUUUGAUGUUCGCUGACAGUCGCGGCCGCCACUUCCCGGGAAGUCGGGCGCCUCACGACCAUUAUAAUGUAAAAAUCUGUGUUUGUAUUAUAGAAACAAACUGGUUAUGUUAUUGUCCUGUUUUACGUUUUAACUGUUUCUAAAAUUAGUUUUUAAUGUUCAAAGUGCCAGUGGGACACUAUAUAUAAAUGUGUGUAUAGUCGUUUAACAAGAGAGGUUUCAGACAAAUACUGCUAGAAAUUCCUUUGAGUUUUUUUUUUUUAAGUACUUAUUUAAAAAAAAAAACGUUACUUUCGUUUUUUUAAUAAAUUUACAAAAAAACGUC